GCUCUCCCUGCAGGUGUUAAACCGGCAGCAGCCGGGGGCUGCACCGCCCCUGCCCUUAGGCCAGCUUGGCCAACAAAACUGGCCCAGCCGGGGCCCAUCACCCGGUGGCAGUCAUGCCCUUCUGCGCCCCCUCCCUGGGCAGCAACCCACUCGGUGGCCUCUUCUUGGCUGGGAGCAGCUUUUCCCCCGUGGGGCCGUGGCUGGGAAGCAGCCGGGGGCUUCCCGACGGAGCCCAGGCUUAGGGUGCCCACGCAGGACUCUACCUUCCUUCGGCCACCAGCGGCUUUUCAAGGCCAGGCCCUGCCCGCUUGGGCCCUUCGCGCUCCCUGCCACCCUUGGUGUGCCCAACGCGGCUGACACCUGCCCCGGGCCGGCAGGAGGGCGUCCGCCAAAGCCUCGGCCGGGCCCCCGCGGCAGUAGGAACCUUCGCGCGGCGGAACGCGAGGGCGCGGGGGCGGUUUCCGGGCCGGGCCGGAGGGAGGCUGGGCCGGGCCGGGCCCGGCCCCGCCGCCAUGGCCGAGGGCUUGGCGGAGCUGGAGCUGUUCCGCCGCCGCUGGCGGGCGGAGCUGGCUGGGGGCGCGAAGCGGCGGCGGCAGGAGGCGGCACCGGAGCCUGCGGCGAAGCCCGAGAGCAGCGGCAGCUCGGAGCAGGGCGAGCCUGGCUACCUGGCGCUGGCCCGCGGCCUGCUGGACGGCGGCGCGCAGCCCGGCCCGGCCCGCCGCAGCCCGCCGCCUGCCCGCCCCGCCGAGGAGCCCGCGGGAGGCGGCGACGGCAGUGACGAUCUGCUGGGGCAGCUCAUCCGGGACCUGAAUGAAAUAAAUGAGGUUCCUUUCUUUGAUGUCCAACUGCCUUACGAACUGGCACUGAAGAUAUUUCAGUACCUGGGCAAGACUGAAUUGGGAAGGUGUGCUCAGGUCAGCAGGACAUGGAAAGUCCUUGCAGAAGAUGAAGUGCUGUGGUACCGACUGUGCCAGCAGGAAGGGUACCUGUUGGAUGCCAGCAUCUCUGCCCACUGCUCCUGGAAGCUGGCCCUCAAGAACUGCCAUGCCAGGGAGCGCACUUUGACCACCAACUGGAAGAACCGCAUCGGUGCUGUCAGCCAGCUGCAGUACGAGCUGGGAAAAGUCCUCUGUGAUGUGCACUCCUGGGAUGGAGUUGUCAUUGCUGGAUACACAUCAGGAGCAGUGAGGCUGUGGGACACUCGCACCUGGGACUACACAGCCCCCAUCCUGGAAGCAGUGCACGGGCCCGGCGAUGCUGGACCUCAGCCACAUGUCUCCUUUGUGAGGAUAAACAGCUCUCUGGCUGCAGCAGCUUACGAGGACGGAACCAUCAGUGUCUGGAGCCUGCUGCUGGGCCGGGAGCCAAUCCAUCACUACCAGCACAACCAAAGGGUCCAGGCUCUGGCUCUGGCUUCAGAGGGUGCCACGGUGGCAACGGCGUCUGGCUUCCAGGUCAAAGUGGAAAGCCCUAACGACAGAGGAGUCUGGCAGACUGCUGGGUCAUUUGAAAUCCAGAAAUUGGUCAACUUCCUUAACGUGGUCCCAGAUGUGUCAGGGAGUCCAGUGACAGUGGCAGCUGCAGAAGACAUUGUCUACCUCCUGAAAGCAGAGGCUCCUGGCAAAGUUCUCCAUUCUGUCUAUGGGCAGCCUGUCACAUGCCUCGAUGUGUCUGCCCAUGAAGCAGCCUUUGGGGUCAGAACCUUUGGCUGGUUACUGAAUGAGCCCAACCAGCUCCUUCUUUACAACCUGGAAACACGUCAGUGCCUGAGGAAGAUGGGCAGCUCCAUAGGCGACUUCACGUGUGUCAACCUCCACAACAGCCCUCCAAACAUGCUUGUUACAGGCAAUAAAGACAGAAGGGUCAGGGUGUUCGAUGUCCGCCGCAGCCAGGCCCUGUGCUCCCUCUAUGCCCACCAGCUGGGGGUGACUGCAGUGCAGAUGGACGACUGGAAGGUAGUCAGUGGAGGAGAGGAGGGCUUGGUCUGCGUCUGGGACCAGCGGAUGGGCACCAAACUCUGGGAAAUGCAUGCCAGACACCCAGUCCGCCACGUGUGGUUCAACUCCCACAGCCUCAUCACUGCCAACAUCCCCGAGGAGAAGGCCCCCCGAGGUGCCACCGCCAUGGAGGACGACUUCACCGCGCACCGCAAGCACCGAGGAACCAUCUAUGCCUACGAGUUCUGGGUGGAGCACCUGGCUGCGGAGAGCGUGCUCCCCAUCUGCCGCUCCUCCUACGACGAGAGCGCUGGCUACAACUACAACAUCGGCCUGGCCGUGCCCUACGACAGCAUCUAGAGGGCUCACCUCACCUGGCUCCCGUGGGCCGGCCCCUGCCAGCUCUGUGCAGCAAAGGCCCCCGCGGUGCUGCUGGCUGCGGGCACGGCAGAUGGGCAGAGCCUCUGCCGGAACCCCGGGGGGGUGGAGCAGAACAGGCAGUGUGGCUGCCCUGCAGCACUGCUGCACCCAUGCUCAGAGGCCCACUGUGGUGGAACAGAGAGGCUGAAGAGUGAGGGGGAGCAGCACAUUGGAGUGUGGACAGCAGUGUUCCUGCUGCUGCUGCUCCCUCCUUAGCAGAGGCCGUGCUGGGGAAGCCAGAGCACCAAAGCCCAGUGUGCAGGCUGGGAGCACAUUGCCUGUCCUGAGAGGGGAGAAAAGCCACCAGGGACUGGGGAAGGCAUCCUGCUGAGCCAGUGCUUGAAUUUCUUUCCUUGUGAUUUGCUGCUGGCUCUUCCCUUCCUUAGAGUGCACCAGAACGUGUCUGGGACCAGGACAAAAGGUUACAGCAGUUGGCAGAGGGAAGGAGGAUGGAGGGAGAGGGGGAGGAGAAGGCUGGGCUCAGCCUGGCUGGGUGCUUGGGAGCUCUGCAGGCCACCCCCACCCAAAAGAAUUUACGAUUUUAGUUCUCUACCACUGUCAUGAAAUGCUUCUUAAUUGUCUCUGCCUGUGGCUGGGCAGGGGGCUGAGCUGUUCAUAAGGCUGGCUGCUGGGAACUGGGACAAAAGGCUGUUGUGGCUCAGGGGAGCUGUCAGCUCUGCCCCAGGCUGCACCAUGACCUUCCUCAGCACCCAGAGGUUCGUCCCUGGGACCUGGGUUUCCAAUGCUGUCCUCACUUCUGAGCUGGGAGCUGAUGGUGUUGGUGGAGUGAAACAGAGAGGAUGGACUGGCUGCAGUCCACUGAGGUGUGGAAAAGUCCAGGCUGAAGAAUCAUAGGAUGACAGAAUGGCUCAGGCUGGAGGGACCUCAGAGGUCAUCUGCUCCAACCUCUCUGCCACAGGCAGGGACACCUCUCCACUAGACUUGGUUUUGGAAGGCAGCUCUAGAGUUCACCCACAGUCUUCUCCAGGCUGCACACCUCCAGCCUCCUCAGCCUGUCCUCACAGCAGAACUGCUCCAGCCCUUGGAUCAUCUUUGUGGCCUCCUCUGGACUCACUCCAGCAGUUCCAUGUCCUCGUCAUGGUGACACCAGAACUGGAGACAGGAUUGGAGGUGAGGUCCUAGCAGGGCAGAGUGAAGGAGCAGAAUCCCCUCUCCUGACCUGCUGUCCACACCUCUCUUAGUGCAGGCCAUGAGCGUGGGAGGAAGGGCUUUGUCCUGAGCUGAGGUGGCACUGACAGGUAGAACCAGUUUGGGGAGCAAGAGCUGCAGUCCUCCAUGGCUGUGUCUUGCCAGUUAAACUCGUUUGGUUGUGACUUGCUGUUGUGACCUUCCUGCUGCGAGCCCAAGCUGUGUGAGCGAGGUUUGAAGGGAGGUGCAGUUGUGAUGUGACUCCUUCUGCUGGCCUAAUGGAAUCAGUUUAAAGUCAGCUGCUGGGGAGGGGUGCAGGAGACAUGCCCAAACCUGCAGGGCUGUCACCCUGGCCCUUAACCGGGCACUGAGGCAGCAGCAGGGCUCAGUGCUGCUCUUCUCCUCCUGCCUGGAGAGAGGUGGAGUUCACAGCUCUUCUGAGGCUUUGGCUGGGGCUGGGUGGCCAUGAUGAUCCCAUGACCAACUUCCAUGGCUGUUCCAGCUUCAAUGCUGAGCUCUUUCCUCGUGAUGGAAGGAGUGCAAGGAGCAAAGUGAUUGUGUCUGCCCAAUAAAUCUUAUCUUUCCUAAA